AUGACAACCGAAUAUAAGAAAACAACAGGAAGUCCAGCAAUUGACCGCUUAGUUGUUGCUUUAAGAAGGCACUUGGAGAGUUUCAUGCAUCAUGCUAAUUAUCCAUAUACCCAAAAUGACGUAGACGCGUGUAUUUCGUUACUAAUUGACUAUACGAUAAAGGUCCGCGAAACCACAUCUAGAGACGAGGCAAUGGAAAUUGUCGAGUCAACAGUAUUAAAGUUGAACGACAUCAAUGAGAAUUGUGGCUGUGCUUUAAUAGAAACCGCCGAAAGAGAAGAAAUCGCUGAAAUCAUCAUUUUAGCAGGUCAUGAAAUGGGAUACAAUACCAUGAACGAGGAUAUUACCGAAGAAUGGAGAGAUUGGUAA